AUGUGUGCAUAACCUGAUAUGGGUAUGUACAUGUGAUAAGCGUUGAUGUAUUGAAUUGUGUGUAUUUGUCUACUGGAUCAUACUUGGAGGUGUUAGUGAAAGUAUGACAGUUCUUUAAAACAGGUGAACACCUGACAGGUGAGACAUGGGGCGCGGACGUAGAUUUGCCCCGUCCUCGGACAAGGAAGGAAUUUGGUAUAACCACCGGGGGUCAGAGAGUGCGGGAGGUCACCGUACAGCCGCCACCAGUACUGGGGUCAUGUUGACUGCACCCUUCGUCAGCGAGAACGAGGCUCGACCACAACCUCCUCCACCACCUUUCCGGUCAAAAACAGAGAUAAACUAUAAGGCGUCCAACAAAUUCUCGGAACAUGACAACAGGAAUGCUUUCCAGGACCACGGAGUCUACUUCGGAGACGGUCGAGAUGAGCGCACACAGGGCCGGAAAAUUAUACUGCCAGACCUGAGGUUACAUCACACUGAAGACUACUUCCUUAAGCAUUUCGGACGGAGCGUGGUGGAUCGAGACCUGCAUACGACUUACGGGAACUCCUUUACGGGGACUCCCACAGAAAAGCCACCUGUUCACAGGCGGUUCCCUAAACAAUACGGCCCGCCACAGAGCGGUCAUAUGAAGCUUAACACCAACACCACACACUGGUUCAAACACCCCGAGGUCCCCCACAAAACCCCUACCCAGGUACUGGCUGUGUCUCAGGAACCCUUCCUAAAACACAACGCGUGGAAAUAUUCCAAUCAUGGACUAAGGAAAAUAUAUCCGCCAUACGAUAGAAAAAACGAACCACUAGUAAAUAAUGAAUUUAACCGGUAUGGCGCUGCUUUUACUGUGGGAUCACAGUGACGUCAUCUUUGAUAUAUAUGUGAUGAAGUGCACACAGUAUUUUGGUGUCGCGUGACUCGUGUUGGAGACACGCGAGGUUUGUACGUUUGGAAGCUGAGGGAUUUUCGCUUAGUGGUCUCGUGUAUUAGCUAACAGAAGUAAGAGUAGAGUAACUAAGCGGCUAUGAUAAUGUUAAAUUAUGUUAGAUUUUUGUUUUAAUUUAUCCAGUAAUUAAGUUUUAAAUGCUCAAUCUUUGUUCACAUCGACGUCUUUUUCUGUUAUAUGCUUUAUAAGCGUUUUAUUAAAGUCUGUCUGUAAACGUUACUUUUCGGAAGACUUUCCGUCAGCAUGGUACUUUGUUGGUGUGCCUUUCAACCAUAUGAGGUCUUUUGCGUUAUUCGUUGUGAUUUGUGAUGGGUUUUUUUGAUAACGAAGUUUUGUUGCUAAAAAUGAAGAAUCAAUAUUUUGGUCAAAUAGUAACGCUUGGCGUUUAAUUUUUUUACAGAAUAAUUAAAAACGCACAAUCUAAACCUCUCGACAAGUCAGACGAUACCACGAUUUAAAAUUGUGCCUUUUUAUAUUCAAUGUAUAUAAAAACGGUGUACUGAUUUCUUAUA